AUGCUUGUUUACGUUGAUGACAUCAUUGUCACGGGGAAUGACAACGCUCUGUUAAACCACACGCUUGAAGGUCUUGCUACACGAUUCUCAGUCAAGGAUCAUGAAGAACUCCAUUACUUUCUUGGAGUUGAAGCUAAACGGUGCUCCCUUGGUCUGCACCUCAAUCAACGUAAGUAUGUUCUUGACUUAUUGGGCAACACAAACAUGCUAGGUGCCAAACCAGUUGCUACGCCCAUGGCUACAUCUCCAAAACUCACUCUCCAGUCUGGUACACGACUUGCUGAUCCGGCUGAAUAUCGAAGAAUUGUGGGUAGUCUUCAAUAUCUAGCAUUCACUAGGCCUGAUAUAUCAUAUGCGGUAAAUCGCUUAUCUCAGUUUAUGCAUCAACCAUCAACGGAUCACUGGACGGCGGUGAAGCGUGUCUUACGAUACUUAGCGGUUACUUUAGAUCAUGGGAUAUUACUCACACGUGGUACAAAUCGGUGUUUACAUGCGUAUACGGACGCUGAUUGGGCAGGGGACUCGGACGACUAUGUCUCCACCAAUGGUUAUAUUGUGUAUCUCGGUCAACAUCCCAUCUCAUGGUCCUCAAAGAAACAGCGGAGCAUUGCCAGAUCAUCAACCGAAGCGGAAUACCGGUCAGUGGCUACGACUUCUAUUGAACUGAACUGGAUAUGCUCUCUACUUAAGGAACUAGGGGUCUCGUUCACUACCCCUCCGGUUAUAUAUUGUGAUAAUAUUGGUGCAACAUACUUGUGUGCCAAUCCCAUUUUUCAUUCACGCAUGAAACAUGUGGCCUUGGACUAUCAUUUCAUCAGGAAUCAAGUUCAAUCCGGGCAACUCUGUGUUGUUCAUGUCUCCACCAAAAAUCAAUUGGCUGAUGCAUUUACCAAAUCAGUGUCUCGGGCUGCCUUUACCAGUGUCUCGGGCUGCCUUUACCAACUUCUCUACUAA